GGCGACCGCGCGCCGCGAGAUGCUUCCGGCGGGCGCCAUGACUGCUGCCUGCCGAGGCCGCCCCGUCGCGCCGCCGUGCGAAGGCUCGGCUACGCGGCCCGAGUCGGCCGCCGUGUCCGGAUGGGCGAUGUGGCCGAGCUGGCGUACGCUUGCGGUGGCCAGCCACGUCGAGGCGUUCUUCCCCAACCCGUCCAUCCUUGCGUACCUCAUGAUCGUGCUACACACGCACACGCCUCCGACAUUGCAGAGAGAAGCGUACCAUCGCCGCCGGCUACACCUUCGUCCGGAGUUGUUCGUGCUGAUCUUCUGGGUGACGCUGGAGGAGAUGACGCUGUUCAUGCCGAUCGUCUGGAUGCAGCUGUUCGUGCCGAUCGCUCUGAUGGCGCUAGUCGUGCCGACCUGCAGGGCCCAGUUGGCGGGGACGCAGUUCGUGCCGAUCGUCUGGAGGUGGAUGUUCGUGCUGAUCGCCCUGAUGGCGCUGGUCGUGCAGAUAAAUGUGAUGGAGCAGUUCCUGCCGAUCGCCUUGAUGCAGCUAUUCGUCCUGAUCGUGCUGAUGGCGCUGGUCGCGCCGAUCUUCCGGGCACGGCUGGAGGCGAUGAAGCCGUUCAUGCCGGUCAUCUGGGUGAAGCUGUUCGUGCCGACUGCCGAGGCGGGCGCCGAUGCGGAGAUGGCCACUUGGUGCCAGCUGCCGAGUGCGCUGCCGCCCGCGGCCUACGCCGCGCCGGUAUGGUGGCCACGGCCGUCGCCAGCACCGCCUCCACCUACCUCGCCGAGUUCGAGCUUGCUGCCGCCGCUCCGCGUGCUGCCGCCGCCGCCAUCCAGAGACGUAUGCUGGUGCGUGCAGCCCGCUCCGAAGCGCACUGCUGCUGCUUUGGACGUGGAGGAGAGCCAGUCUGCAGCUGAGGAGACGCUCGAUGAGACCGCGGCUCCCAUUCAGCGAAUCCACGGCGCGGACGAGUCCGCCGAGAGCGGGCCUGACAGCCACGGGUGGCAGGAGGCGGUCGGGUCCGCUGAGAGCGACUCGUGCUCCACGGUCGACUCCGAGGACUUCGCGUACCCGCGCGGCGCGGACGAUGCCGCGGCUCGCAGAGAAGGUGCUGCUAUCAGCCGCUCGGGCGACAGGCCAUGGCUGCGGAUCGCGGACCACCUGGUGAUGUUCAUUGUCCCUGCGCCCAAGCUAGCGCUCCGGAGGGUGUUGACACCGAUGCUCGUGCACGACUCCGUGAUCUACGACCCGAUCCGCUUCCUGCUGAAGCCGA